UCCCUGCCCCGAGUGAGCGGAGCCGGCGCGGAGCCGGCGCGGGCGCAGGACUGCGGCGAGCCCGGAGCCGAAGCCGGAGCCCCACCGCGCAGCAGCUCAAGCUCCUGUUCUCCAGUGCUCCUAAGAGGCAGACGCAGCAGUCCUUGACCCCCGUCAUAUGGUUGGGAGCACCCAUCAGCUAUGGAGAAGAAUGUGGCCACAUCUCCACAUGAUCUCUCCUGCAUAAAACCAAAGCCACCUCCAGAAACAUGCUCCAGUGUCUCAGUCUUUAUGCACAACCUGGAGAGUGGAGACCUGCUUCAGUCCUUGGAGGAAGCUGGCUCUGCAGGGGGUAAUUUGAGGACUGGAAUUUGAACCAAGAACCUUCUCUCUUCUUUUGCUCUUCUUCAUUCAUAUUCAUGCCCAAUACCUCCUAGGAGACUGCUUUAUUUAUUUCUAGAAAAACAGUACUGUGGCAGUCAUUGUAGCCUCCCCAUAUCUGGACAUUUUCCUUUGGCUCUACCAGAAGCCUAGAGCCCAGUGAUUGACAUAAUUGGUACACUGGGGAGCUGGACAAGAAGUGGCCAGGGGCUGUGAGCAGAAGAAGGAGCCGUAAGGUUCCAGGAUGGUACCUAACGGCACAGCCUCUUCCUUUUGUCUGGACUCUCCCCCCUGUAAGAUCGCUGUCAGUGUGGUCCUCACUGCCCUCAUCCUCAUCACCAUUGCCGGCAAUGUGGUAGUCUGCCUGGCUGUGGGCCUGAACCGCCGGCUCCGUAGUCUGACCAACUGCUACAUUGUGUCUUUGGCCAUCACUGACCUGCUCCUUGGCCUCCUGGUGCUGCCCUUCUCAGCCUUCUACCAGCUCUCCUGCAAGUGGAGCUUUGGCAAGGUCUUCUGCAACAUCUAUACCAGCCUGGAUGUGAUGCUCUGCACGGCCUCCAUCCUCAACCUCUUCAUGAUCAGCCUCGACCGGUACUGCGCUGUCACGGACCCCCUGCGUUACCCUGUGCUGGUCACCCCAGUCCGGGUCGCUGUCUCUCUUGUCCUAAUCUGGGUCAUUUCCAUCACCCUGUCCUUCCUAUCUAUCCAUCUGGGGUGGAACAGCAGGGGUGAGACCAGCAGUCUUAAUCACACCAUCCCCAAGUGCAAAGUCCAGGUCAACCCUGUAUAUGGCUUGGUGGAUGGCCUGGUCACCUUCUACUUGCCUCUGCUGGUCAUGUGCAUCACCUACUACCGCAUUUUCAAGAUUGCCCGGGAUCAGGCCAAGAGGAUCCAUCACAUCGGCUCCUGGAAGGCAGCUACCAUUGGGGAGCACAAAGCCACAGUGACACUAGCAGCCGUGAUGGGAGCCUUCAUUGUCUGCUGGUUCCCCUAUUUUACUGUGUUUGUUUACCGUGGGCUGAGAGGGGAUGAUGCCGUCAAUGAGGCCUUUGAAGCCGUCGUUCUGUGGCUGGGCUAUGCCAACUCGGCCCUAAACCCUAUCCUGUAUGCCACGCUGAACAGAGACUUCCGUAUGGCAUACCAGCAGCUCUUCCACUGCAGACCUGCCAGCUACAAUGCUCACGAAACUACUCUGAGGUCUAGCAGCUCUCAGCUGACCAGGAAUCAAAGCCGAGAACCCAUGCAGAAGGAGGAGAAGCCCCUGAAGCUUCAGGUGUGGAGUGGGACAGAGGUCACAGCCCCUCAAGGAGCCACAGACAGGAAGCCAGCGCUAUCCUGCACUGUGUGCUCCAGUAACCUUCUAAGCUGCUGCAAGAGUCUGUGGGGGCUUAGGGUCCUCCAGAGACACGUGAGAGGCCUCUCAGAGGAGCAGCCAGGCGAGCCACUGUCCGAGGAGCCACUGAGGACACCACCCCAGAAAGCGGUGAGGACUCUGCCCUCCAAGGCUGUCUAGACCCGGCCCAGGACACAGAAGAUACUGCUUCUGGUCACCAAGAUUUGACGCCUGGAGCCAUUAUGGACCCAGAAGCCCCCUGAGCCACUGAAGAUGCACCCUAGCCCAAGUCUAGGGAGUCCCAAAGCAUACAGUGGGGUGCUGGGGUCCUUGGGUUUAGCAUGGAGCAGCCUGUCCUGUGCCCAGCAUUCCCAGCAGAUGCUCAGAACUCUCCUGGGUCUGGGUCCGCUGAAUCCCAUGGGUUCAGAGCUCACAUUGGUGCUCGCCCUGAGUCAUGAGCAGGGAUGGCUGGACAUUGGAGGGGUGUGCACAGGUGUGUGCGUGGAUUUGUACCUGUGGGAAUGCUCGGGCCCUCUGAACACAACAGCAGGCGUUGGCCAUAAAGAGUUAGUCUCUCACUCCCUCAUGGGUCCUGUAGGAUAAAGGAAAGGAACAGAGAGGGAAGGGGAGAGAAAGGAAAGGAAAGAAAUUAGCCUUUAGUGAGCACCUUCUGUGUGCUGGUACCUCAUCCACAUGAGUUCACGUAACUCUUAUUACAUGUGGUAAGAAUCGCCAACCUACUUUACAGAGGUAGAAACUGAGGCUCAAAGAAGACCGGGGCCUGCCUCAGGACACUCAGCUAGUACGGGUGCCAGGCUCAUAGGAGGCACUCGAAAAAUAGUUGUGCAGUGAAUGAACGAGUAGGAGCAUGGGUAAAAAGCCCAGUUUCAAGCCCAUGCUCUUGACAUGACCUUGCACUGCUUCUCAGGAGCGAGAUCAAGGUAUUUCCUUGACUCAGCCUACCCUCCUCUUAGCAAGGCUCAGACCCGGAGCCUAGGGGAUCCCUUCAUGCUGCAGUACUAACCCUCUCUGGUGCUUUUCAUCAACAAGAAGAGGUAUGGAGUGGAGCAAACACUCAAACAUUCGGGGCAGGUCCAGGGUGACCAGUGCUCCAGAGACCUGGAGGGAGAGAUGGCCUUGGGGGUUGGAGGGGUGGGGGAGGUUGAUCCUCUGCUGGAUGUGUGACCUUGGGUGCAUCAGUAGAGAUCUUUCUCAGCAUCUCUUGACUCCUCUGUCCAAGGGGGUAAGAUCCCCUAUUUACAGGGUUGUUGAUGAGACCCAAGGAGGUGGGAGUGAUGACAGCCUGAAGAAAUGAGGGUGUGCGUGGACCCUCACUGCUAACCACCACCCCUCCCUGAGUCCACUCCUUCCUUGGUUCCAAGACCUCCUCGUGGUGCCCCCCUCCCUGCACACCUAUGCCUUCUCAGCCCUCUUUCGACUCACUGUCCUCUCCUCAGCUGUCUGCUGUGCCUGUCCCAAGGGCCUCCUCUUCCCACUGCGAUUUCUCUCCCUCUCUGGCCUCGUCUGCACCCUCUUCACUGAAGUUACCAGGAGACUUCCCUGUGAGGGCAUUAUUCACAGAUGUGUGCCUGGAGCCCAGGCUUCCUCUGAAAGCUUUACAGCCCCACUCUUGAUUUUUCCCUGCACCAUCUCCUCCGCCAGUUCCAUGUCUCAGAUAGAAGUCACUCACUGGCUUUAGAGCCCGAGCCUCUGGCCAAGGACGUCAGCCUUGGCACCUCCCUUUCUAGCUCCUCAUGCUCAGUUUUCUGGAGCCCUAGCUCUAUGUGUGCCCACCUUCUGCUUGAUCCUCUGCACCUGCACUGCCCCCACUUGGUCCCACUGCCAUCCCUUGGUCAGGACGGUUGAGACAGCUUCCUGACAGCUCUCCACCUUCCCCGCUGGCCUCCCCACCCCACAGCCACAGCAGGCUGUGCAAAACACUAACAUGGUCACGUCGCACACUCCAGACACCAUCUUUCUCAUGGCCCACCAGCCCUGCAUGGUCAGCCCUGACAUGUCCCUCCAGCCUCCUCCUGCCACAGUCCCCUCUGUCGCUUCACCCCAACCUUACUGGCUUCUCCCUUUUGUUUGUUUAUUUUAUUGCUCUUUGCAGCUACUAGGCCGUGCACAAAGCUGUUUCCAUGACGUAGAAUGCUCUUCCCACCCUUUUGACCAUGAGAUCUCAGCUGAAAUAUCACUUCUUGAGGAAGUCUUCCUUGACCCCCGACCCUAUUAGGUCAAGCCUCCCCCACACACCCCAGACCUGUCCUCAGAAGCCAUUGAUUGUUCAUAAUUUACAGUCAUCUGUGUGGUUCUCUGUCCAUCUUCCCCACUCAGGAGGUCAUGGGCCCUGCCUAUUUCUUUUGUCCUUUGUAUAUCUAGCCCCUGGAAGAGUGUUUGGCACACAGCAGGGGCUUUAAGCAGUGUAUCUGCCAGUAUACUUGAAGGCAUGAUUUGCCCCAGGGUCCCUCUGAGAUGCUCAACUUCUUGGCUGGAUUCCUUCUGGAAGCCCCAGAAUCCCCUCCUCAAGUGUUCUUGGGAGUCUGAGGCAGGUGGGUCUCUCAGUCACUACAAAGUACUUGCAGGCAUAAGGCUGGUCUGGCUGAUCACAGUCUCAGCUGAUCAGGGCUCCAACCCAUUGUGCCCACACACCACCUGCCACUGUCGGAGGUCUGUUUUUUAGCUGCCCCCACCCUUCUGGAGGCUUCCUAGAGCCUCUGCUGGCUGCAGAAGUGGGGCACAUGCUGUCUAGAGAGGGAGCGUCUGCAGUGGGUCGGUCCCCAAAUCCAUGUUCUGUGUUACCAUCGUGUUCCAAUAAAGCUAUCGAAACAGA